ACUGCGCAUAAGAAUGGCCAAGUGGGGAGAAGGAGAUCCUCGAUGGAUUGUAGAAGAACGUCCAGAUGCCACAAACGUCAACAAUUGGCAUUGGACGGAAAAGAACGCAUGCAGCUGGUCGACGGAGAAGCUGAAGGACCUGCUGAUGGGCAUGCAGAUAGAGAGCGAGGUGGCCAUAGUAACGCUAACCGAGAUGGACAAGUGCGAAGGCGAGGCGGUCGUCAACAACCGCAAGGGCAAGCUCAUCUUCUUCUACGAGUGGGACAUCACCAUGUCCUGGAAGGGGCGGCUGACUAACGGCACUGUCGAGUGUAUCGAGGGGAAGAUGAACAUUCCCAAUUUGAGCGAGGAGAACGACGUGAAGGAAAUCGAAGUCAACUUCACCACCAAGGAGAAGAGUGUUGAUGGCGAUAUUCUCAAGAGUUUUUUGCAUGCUGAAGGUCCAGGAAAAGUGAAGGAGAAACUGAGUUGUUACAUUAGCUCACUAAAAGAAGAAUUUUCAAAAGGGAUGAUACUCCCGAAGAAAGAUGGACCUGUAAAUAAUGAGAGUCAAAUUUCUAAUCUAUCAUCAGGCUUUAAUAAAAAGAUGCAAAUGAAUAGCGUCAACAAACUAGAAGAUAGCAACGAAAAACAGAAGAAAACAGACACAACCACUUUGAAUAGCAGUCAUAAUUUCCAAUGCACAGGCGCAGAACUCUUCAGAGCGCUCACUGAUAUCCAAAUGGUGACAGCAUUCACUAAUGGACCAGUGAAAAUAGAACCUAAGAAGAAUGGAAAAUUUGAACUAUUUGGUGGAAAUGUUCACGGAGAGUUCGUCGAAUUGGUUGAACAUAAAAAAAUCGUGCAGAAAUGGAGAUCAAAAUUAUGGCCAGCUAAUCACUACUCGACUGUUACCAUGACCAUUGAUCAGCAACAGGACCACACCAACCUACGAUUGACCCAGUCUGGAGUUCCUCAAAGCGAAGCUGAUGGUACUCUUGAGAACUGGGACCGUUUCUACUGGGAGCCGAUCAAACGAACCUUUGGUUGGGGAACAUUUUUCAUGUGAUGUCAAUCAGCCAGGCCUAUCACCACCCAUGCUGUAUCACUAUUAAGUUAUGAUUACAAUGCCAAUCGAUUUGGCCUUUGUGUUUCAUAGAAGUAUAAUCUCUAUCUUUCCAAAUAUCUGUAGAAAAAUUACUGUCUCUAUAAAUUUGGUUUUGCAAUGAGUGUUGUGAUUUUCAAUAUAUUUACUGAGAACAGUUUGACAUCAUUUGGGUUGUGUAUCUGUUUAUUAACAGGAUACAAAAAUUAUGAGCAAACUGAAGUUCCAAAUUUGUUUUUAAAGUGCAACCUGCCUGAGUCUUUCUAAUCUUUCAUGUUUUAUUAGAUGCGAUAUUUUAUUUCUCAUUCAUGAUAAUUAUACAUCCAGUACUUGAUAUUCUGUUACUAUUGGUUAUUGUAUAUUGUUUCUUAUUUCCAGAGAGCAUAUCAAUGAUUUAAAUAUGCUUUCAAAGAUACAUAUCGUUUGAAUGAUUAAUAUGAUAACAACUCUGCACCAUCUCUUCUAUUUCUUGAAAAUUCUAAGUGAGCUAUACUACUUAAUUUGUGAUUAUGAAUACAUUUUCUGUGCAAAUCGUUGUGAUCUGAUAAAUAAGCUUUAGUUGGAUUAUGCACUUGAGUUCCAAUAAUGUGUUCUUCUAGCCAACUUUCAACCCUCUUGAAGAUAUUCUAAAGUACCUUUAGAAUAAUCAAAGCUAUCAAAGAUGAUAUUAUUGAAAUUAAUGUCACCGUUAUUUAAUCAUGGGAUUGCAUCAUAUUUUGUUAUUCCACCUUUUAGCAGUCAAUUCACAUUUAUCUAUGUAAUGUUGUUUCGAAGUUUUAGAAACAAGUUUCAAUUUUUGGUUGUGCAUUUUUUGCAUCUAAAUAAAUUAUAAGAUGAAUUGAAAAAAUACUUUGAUAGUUGAUUAUUUAUUUUUAGCUUAUUCAAAUCCUGAAGUAAAACUGCUGUUCUCUACUAGAAAAAUAGAACAAUAUUGUAACGCAUUUUAAAUGUUGAUUUAUUAUUUUUACAAUAAAAGUCAAUAAACAUUUUUAA